AGGUAAAAAGAACUACAGGCCAUUAAAUUUAAUGGUUCACAUAAAUCGGAAUUUCUUAGUAUCAUAAGAAACUGUUGUUUAACUAGGAGAAAUGGGCCAAAUAACAACAAAAAUCACAGAUAAAAUAUCUUCCAGUCAAAAACAAAAUCGUUGGCCAUGACCUGUUAACUCAUUUCUUGAAAAUCUUCUUUCUGCAAGCUGAAUCACCUUCAUAAUGCAUUCUUUGAGAUGGGCUCCUAUAUCUUAUACAAACAAUCUCGGUAUUUCCUCGAAUGGAACAAAAGAAACCCAUAACAAGCAUUGGGUGAAUUCAAAUGUUGUAGCCACUUGCUCAAAACCCACAAAAAUUGGCAGCAACUGGGCUAAUUUUGGCAGCAGAUGUAGAUAUUUGAGGUACAAAACUUCGAAAGUUGUCAGUUCACAGGAGGAAGGGAAUGGUGAAACAGCUCCAGAUGCAGAGGACUCACCACUAUCUGGACUAGUUGAGGAGGAAGUAGAGGAACUCCUGAAAACUGAAGAGAACCAGGCACUUCUUAAGGACUUGGCGUCUUCAAUGCAAAGAGUGAAUAGUUUUAGAAAAGAACUUGAGGAUAUUGACAAUAAAGAAAAGGAUGCUGCUAAGCUCAGGGCUUACGUGCAGAGGUUGGAGGGUACCAACUCCCUGAUUGCAGAUUUUAUGAGGGAGGUUUCAGAAGCAGAAGCUAAGAUGCAGAAAGCUGAGCUGGCUCUUGUUACAACUAGAGCUGGAAGCAGUACACGGGACCUUUCAAAUAAGUGGGGAGAAUCAGAAAUUGAUGAAGAUGCAGAGCGCAUGGAGUCUAUAAAGGCAUUGACUGUAUCUGCACUGGUUGGCACAUUUGCUAGCAUUCCAAUUGCUUUAUUCCAAGCAGAGAGUAUUGGAGGACUUUUCAUUAGAGAGGCAAUAGUCUUCAUUAGCUGUGCUUUGUUUGGGGUGACUUAUCGCUACACUGUAAGAAGAAAUCUAGAAAACAUUCAGUUGAAAACGGGAACUGUAGUAGCAUUUGGCCUUGUAAGAGGCCUUAGUCGAUUUGAGGCUGAGCUCCCUGUGGAUUUUGAUGUGAAUGCUAUACUUUUACAUGCUCCAGAUGCAGCAUUCAUGGUUGGUGAGGGCAUACUUGUUUUUAUUGCUGCAGCUAUUGCCUUGGACUAUUUUAUGAAGAUAGACUUGUUGAGUCCUUUCCCUUCAAAGAAGAAUAUACUUUCUUGAGAAUGAAAUAGGUGGUUGUCAAGAAUUUUUAAAAGUCUAUAUCAUGUUGUUCUCUUUUGAUCAUUGAUUUCAGCAAUAAGAUAUUUGGAAAGUUGUAUAUCAUAAACGCUAUUGAUAUUCUGAAAAGAAGAAUGUAAAUUUUGUAAUUCAAAAUAAUUGUGCCAACAUAUCAUUCUUGAUACUGAAGAAAUAUGGUUGGAACUGGAAACAAUGUUUUUUUU